ACAGUUAUUAUUAAACGCUAGUUUCUGUGUCAUGACUUUAGCCCCGAGUUGCGUUUUCAAACUCCAAAAUGCGGCGUUACAUUCGUGCACUAAUGCUGUGCACGGUGUUUGCCGUGUUUUCGGGCUUGUACGUGUACAGUAAACUGCUCUACCCGGACGUGUCGGUCGGUGGGAACGGACCGAAGAGGGGCUUCAUCCCACCGAGAGUCCCCGGAGGCAGGCGAGGGGCCGCGGACAAAACUGGGCCCCAAAGCCCACACUGGUACAAUAGGUACAUCAUGCGCCAGCGAGGCCAGAUGGAGGCAGGUGGUGGCAGCGCCCAGAGCAGACCUGAACCUCCCAUGCACCUGGCUGUGGUGGCCUGUGGGGAGAGGCUGGAGGAGACUCUCACCAUGAUCAAGUCUGCUGUGCUUUUUAGCGUCAAGCGCCUCCACCUGCACAUCCUCGCUGAAGAUCAGUUACACGCCAGCUUCAUGGAAGCUCUGGAGUCGUGGCCUGAUUUUAUCCGCUCCAGGUUCAACUACACAGUCUACUCCAUCAGUUUCCCCAGUGAGAACGCAGCUGAGUGGAAGAAACUCUUCAAACCCUGCGCUUCUCAGAGGCUCUUCUUACCUCUGAUCCUAAAGGACGUCGACUCGAUCGUGUAUGUCGACUCAGACAUCCUCUUCCUGCAGCCUGUAGACCGCCUGUGGGCGUUCCUGUCCCAGUUUAAUUCCUCCCAGCUGGCUGCCAUGGCACCGGAGCACGAGGAGCCCCGUAUCGCUUGGUACAACCGCUUUGCCCGCCACCCCUUCUACGGCAGGACGGGCAUCAACUCGGGGGUCAUGCUCAUGAACAUGACGAGGAUGAGAAACACGUUCUUCAAGAAUGACAUGACAGCUGUGGGGCUGCGUUGGGAGGAGCUGCUGAUGCCUCUACUUCAAAAAUACAAACUCAACAUAACCUGGGGAGACCAGGACCUUCUCAAUAUUAUUUUCCAUCACAACCCUGAGUGCUUGCUGGAGUUUCCGUGCCAGUGGAAUUAUCGUCCAGAUCAUUGUAUCUAUGGCAGUAACUGUGCCUCAGCUGAAGAGGACGGCAUCUACAUACUGCAUGGAAACAGAGGGGUUUACCACGACCACAAACAACCUGCCUUCAGGGCUGUAUACGAGGCCAUACGGAAGUACUCCUUUGGCGCCGACCCAGUGACUUCUUUAUUGGAUCCACUCGAAGAGGAGCUGUUGAAGACGACGCACACGUACUGUGGUAAAUCCCACACACUCCUCACCAAGAAACUGGCACACAGCCUGGCAAACGUCAACAGGAAGGCCCCACGUGGACGGUGACAAAACCAAAUCACAAUAAUGGGACGGGGGCCAAGGAGAAGCUUUGACUUAAGCCUCAUAAGCUUGGUCAGAAAGACUCGAUUGUGAUUGGCUGUACAAACUGCUUGUCCUUGAGCAAGAAACUAGACGGCUUACUUGGACUCUUGCAAGCUCCACGCUGCUUUGAACAACAAAGGUUUUUGACUGAUAUACAAAAAAUGGAACCACUACAGCUCUGUAAACAUGUUUUACUUGGCAAAUUGUUCAGUAACAGUGAACCUGAGUUGUCCAAAAUGCAUCUGUGGAUAAAUGAGUGGAGCUUUUAGAUUAUUUUAGUGAACAGCUGCUCCACAAACAGUCGGAUUGUCUCAAACUGAGACUGCUCUCCUUUUGUAAGUUGCUCUGGAUAAGAGCGUGAUGUAAAAGUCUGUUGUAAACUUUAUGAAGGGCAGUCAGCCUUCUAGUGUUGGUGGACACAUGGAUUUUUUUUCUCCCAGGUGUUUCCAUUAUAGGCUCUUACAACAUUUUAUAUUUUACUGAGAACUGAUGUUUUCUUUUUGUCUUUAAAGCAUCUACUCUCUUCCACGUACUAACUUUCUCCUUUCAGUGCCUUUGGUGACUGUCUAAAGGUGAAUAAUCCUCAUGGUGCAAAAGAUGUGUAAAAAGUUCGGAAGAGGAGCUCUUGACUUUCCAUAUUGGAGAAUUUAUUGAACCAUGUGAAACACUCUUAUUGAAAGAGACAAAAGAAUCAUACGAGAACUAGACAAAGGCUUUCAGCAGGGCCUGGUUUUAAAGAUGCAUGCACUGGUCCACUUUUUCAUCCUUCAGAAACCACUUCAGUACCGGCGAAAUGGAAGAGAAGUCGUUUCAGAGAACAUGCAUGGAAUAAUAAUUUCUGAGUUUGUACAGUGAUUAUGUAAUAGUAUGUGAUUUUGCAGUGGCAGGGGCUGAGCAUAUGGGAACCUCUAUCAGAGUACUGCUUUCCUGAAGUUUUGUCCAUAGAAAUAGAAUGAGAGAGUAGAACUGAUGCUCACUUAAAAUCAACAUAGCAGGAUGAUCAGAGUGGCAGCCAUUUUUACGUGUAGCAUUGCUAUUGCAGCUUUUGUAGCGGGCUUACUUUCGCAUCUUCAAACCGACUUAGGAUGAGUCACAAAUCCACUGAGGUGUAGUUUUGCAGUAACAACCAAACGAGCAGUGAAGUAGAAUGUUUUGAAAAAGGUAACCCAUUACUUGUAAAAGUUUCUUGUUGCCAUCACCUGUUUGUCGAAACGUGAUGUAACGUUACUGUAGCUGCCUCACUCGGUGAAUUAAGGGCUUAUUUCGUUCAAACCACAGCUGGUGAUUGUUGGGACAGUGGACUAAAGCCCUGUUUCUACUCAGCACUUUCAGUAUGGUACCUUUGGAACCAAAAGUAACCCUUCAGACAUGGUACCUAGACCCUUGUGUUUCCACUGCAAACAGUACUCUUAAAUGUGGGCGGGGUUGUUGUCACUCACUGCUCCGUCCAGCGCUCACUGUAUUUCCUCAUUAGCAGUGACACAGAUGGAAGUCUGCACCUUGUUUAUCGUCCACAGAACGAAGCUGCACGCCAACGUUUCCAGAACAAAAUAGAACAGGCUGCAGUGAGAGUCUCUCUCCCUGGGAUAUUUAAAAAUAGCGGAUUUGUGCAUUUAGUCCUUCUCAGGCAAGCUCAGAUGUUUAGUGUUGCCGUAGCCCACAGGAACAACACUCCACGAUGCUUUUUUGCCCACUGCCGCACGAGGAUUAGAAUAUAUGCUGUCACAUAAACCUGGUUGAAAUAUAUCACGCUUGAAGAUCCACUCAUUACUAAAAGUGUAUGUAAUAUACAUAAACUAAAGUAAUGGUCAAAGUUGUCACAGUGAAAUUUAAGGUGCGUCGAUGGAUUCACGUCGUCACCUCAUGCACUGAGUAACAUAACAAGUUAAUGCUCCACCUUAAAAGUUGCCAGCAGUCGGCCCAGUGAAUUAAGUUAUUUUUCUCCGACAGUGGUUACAUGAGCCUCAAAACCAGCCACAACUCAGCCCUGAGCAGAGUGACUGACGGUAUGGAACCGAAAGUAACCCUUCAGACAUGGUACAGACCUUAGCAUUUCCACUGCAAACAGUACUCUUAAAUGUGGGCAAAACCAGACACAUUUCAGCCCUGAGCAGAGUGACCGUCCUCUAUUGACCAAUCAACAGACUGCAGUGUUCACAGCUCCACCUUUUAGUACCAGAUCUGUGUGUUAGGUACCCCAACAGAGGGGGGACCAAAAAUGGGGACGGCACAGGACCGUUCCACUGGUACCAUCCACAACAAACAGCUUAAUGCCCUUUCUAUUCAUUCUGUUUCUAUGGUUUUAUCCUAUUCUAUAUUAUUUUAUCGGUUACACAGGUGACCUCGCCUCGAAAUGGGAUGAUUUACAGUUAUGGGUCAUUUUUAUAUCAUGUAAUGUCAGUGUACAGUUUUGCGAUGUCAUGUGACUCCACACAAUCUUAUGUUUUUGUGUUCAAAUGCGAACAUCUCCAUGUUUCCAGCACAUUGCUGAUACUAUGAAAUCUUUUAAAAGCAGAUCAUGCAGAUAAGCUAAUAAACAUCCUGUUUAGGUUUGUUUACACUAAAGCCAACACUCAUAACGUGGAAAAAUUGCUGUUGAACAUGUGAAUAAGCUACAACUUCCUCUCCUGAUGCCAAAGCAUUUCUUUUUGUUGCACCGUUGAAUGUAUUUCGAACACUAUGGGGUGGAAAUCAAAAUGUUUUCAGUACUUACGCCGGUAUGGUUGUAAUGUGAGGAUAUCCUGACAUGUUUACUUGUUUAUUUGUCAUCUGUUGUGCUUUGUGCAUGUUUUUUUGUUACAUUAAAGAGU